AUGUCUUAUAGAAACCCCAAUGUGGAGAACCCUCAAGACCAAGUGUAUCCUCCAAGGUAUCCACAACAACAAAGACCUCCUUACCAAUCUCAAGGAAGUCAAUUUCAGCCAAGACAAGGAUAUGAGCAGAGAUCAUCAUAUCCGCCCAAGGAGCCAUAUGCUUCUUCACCAAAUCAAGCUCCUCCAAACCAACAAGGAGGAAGGUUUGAAGGAAUCCUCCAACAGAUCAUGGAUGGCCAGAAAAGGAAUAGCAAAGAGAUGUAUGAGAAGAUGGACACUUUGUUCAGCAAUCUCAACACCAAGUAUGAUGCUGUUGCCACUCAUGUGAAGAAACUAGAGACUCAAGUCACCCAAACCAUGGAAGCUGUUAAGAGACAGGAAGCUGAAUCCAAGAAGUCCUUUUGCAACUCAGCCGCCAUAGAAGGAAAGAUUUGA